CUUGACAACUCAGUUCCCUGAUGCAUCAAGGGGGAAGGUCUUGUUGAGGUAAGAAGGCACGAAAGAUGUCCGUCCAUCUCGACAAACACGAUGUGCAUCUGAUUCAUCUGGAAGCAGGAUGUGACGCUCUCACCACAGCUGACAAACACCAUGUGAAGCGCCCGUAAGCAUACAGGCGCACGGAUGCACCAACACGUGUCGGCUGGCAUCUUUUGUGUGUGUGAUGUGUGGAUGUGUCUGCAGCCAGUCUGCAGCCAGCCGAGGCAAGAUACACACGAUGUGGUGGUUGCUCUACUAUGUGAUCGGUAUCCUGCCGCUGGUCGCCUCAUCCCAGCCACAACCGCAACCACAGACAGAGGCCAUCCCCGUCUCCCUCCCUGACGCCUUCCCAAGCCCAGCCAUCGACUGCCACACCCAUCAGCAUCACCGUGACCACACCCACACCCACACACGCUCCCCCGGGCUCGUCAGCUGCGUGUUCCCCCUCGGGCCUAUCGGCGCGGCACAGUGCGCGAGGGCCAUCGUCGGCACCGCUGUGGGAGACGUGUUGGGCGGGUCGGUGCCUGGCUUUGUUGACGUUGCCAGAGGGCUGUGUGGGUGUUUUCCGGCUGAGGCUCGUGCAGAGAGGGGGAGGGUGUGCGAGUCGGCGUAUUGCUGUAUGAGCAGUGAGUGAGUGGGGUUGGUGGGAGGGUGGGUGUUGGCAUCGUGUGUUGUGUUGAUGGGUCUCUCUCUCUGUGUGUAUGUGUGCAGCCUUGAUCUGUGGGAGCGGAUUCCUUGUCGAAAGUGAGUGGGGAGACCAACGCACUCGUUAAACCAUCCAUCCAUCGGUAUCCUUCUCUCUCUCUGUGUGUGUGUCCGUCAGGGUGCGCCCAUCUCGCCAAUGCCCUUCCUGGCAUCACCGCGCCCCGGCCUUCAGCUCUGCCCCCGUCCACUCAGUCAGCCGACCUCUUUCUCACCGACCUGACCGGUAGCGUGCCGGCCACCAUCCCUGCAGACAUCGUCGAGAGGGAGGGGCUGACCUACUAUGUGCUCAUCCGGCUGUUGAUGAAUUUCUAUGCCUCGCCGUGCAGUGGUGGUGGGGUGGGUGCAUUGCCGGAGCCGCCCAUUCCUGGCUGGAGGACGGUGCACUUCAUCAGACUCAUUGAGACGCGUAGGCGGGCGAAUGGGAUGGGCCAAGUGGGGAUGUCUGAGUGUGGAGAUGUGUGUGGGUGGAUUGCUGCAGCCGAGUGGGACGAUAGCGGUUUGCGAGAGACGCCUUUCGUCCAGGUGGUGGCCAAAGAGGACGGCAGCGAGCUGCUGCUAUUGGUGCGGGGCACGGUGACACUGACGGAGGCAAGGCUGGAGACCUACAGGCGCCAAGUGGCAUUCCUGGACAUCAUCCAUGGCGCCACCUCUCAUCGCCAAGCAGACGAAUGCGGUCUAUGGGGCGGUUGCAAAGCCGUCCCACUCAUCCGGGAGGGCUAUGGGGCGAUUCUGCGAGCGGUGUUCCCCUCUAUAAGGCGGAUCGUGGAUUCUUACGCCUCGACCGCCGAGCGCGUUAUCGUGGCUGGCUUCUCGCUCGGUGUGUAAGCGAACCAAACAGACAAACCGCACCCUCGUUGGCCGUCCAUCUCUUUCUGUGUGUGUAGGUGCCUCUGUGGCCAGCUACAUCGCUCUCGGCCUCGCAAUGGCCACCUCACCAUCACACGAGAGACACACCGCAGACAACAGCCACAGAAUUGACCUGGUGGCCGUCUCCCCUGUCCGCGCAUUCAACCAGCCAUUUGCCGACCUGAUGACCGAGAAAGUCAACCCCCGAACUUUGGUGUACGAGGCCGAUCCGAUCCCACAGUGGGCCUGCAAGACGGCCGUGGGCUGCAGAGCGAACCAACCGCCGCCUCAAACCGAUACCAUGGGAACGGUCGAGUACGUCGAUUUUCCUGGACGGGUGGAGAUCAGGAGAGGCGACUUAGGCGAGCCGAACGAGAUGGGCGGCUCGCUGCAUGCGUGGCCGGCACAUAUGUGUGCUUACAUAUGCUGGGCGGUGCGGCGGUUUGCGGCGGAUGAUGGUGUGGACUGGUGUCUGCUCAGGGGAAGGGGGCACACAGGGGGUGGAAUGCGUGUGGGUGUGGACGAGAGUGAGGGUGAGGGUGAGGGAAGCAUUUGUCCGUAUAGUGUCGAGAGGCUGCCUCUGCUGGUGUAGGUGGCAGCGGCAUUUAGGCGUGUCUGCAAGGUGACUUAGUUGACGGUCAGACUGUGCUGUGUCUUUUUCUGUUGAGGCCUGACAAGACAGACAGAUGUACUGAUAGGAAGCUUAAGAUUCACUCGGCCAUUCCACACCUACCUCUCCGUUCAUCGCCAGCAAAGCUACAUACGUCACACCACAUUUACCA